AUGCCGUUACUGGACAACAUGAAGGCUCCACUUGUAGCAGAACUUGACGUUUCUGAAGUUAAUAGAGAAUUAAAACAGUUCAUAGAAAUAAGUAUCAAUUCAACGUACAAUGAUGAUAUUGAGGAAAUGAUUAUUAAACACUUAGGAUUGCUCAAGUCUAUGAUGUUAAAGCAAUAUUCACACGAACAAAAUAGGACAAAGCACAUGUAUGAUAAUCAAAUCGUUAACAUGAUGGAUAGUUUUAAAGCCAGGCAGGACAAUCUACAAAAGGAAGUAAAGGAGUAUUUGAAGAAGGAAUUUGUCGAUUUUCAAGAAAAUACAGAUGGAUGGAAAAAUAAUAUCACCCAAACAUUAUUAGGCAAAUACAUCAUUGAAGUUUCUUUACAUGGCAAACACACAGAACAAAGUUCAGAAUUUCUCAACAGUUUUCCUGCAAGUAAUGCCAUUGAUGGUGAUCUCUCCACAUUCUCACAUACGUCGUCACAAAAUAAUCCAUUCUGGAUUCUUGACCUUGGAAUAGUGUAUACAGUAAAAUUGAUAGAAGUCUUUGCUCGUAUGGACUGUUGUGGAAACUACAUUCAUGAUAUGGAUAUCACAGUUGGAGCAACGACUAAUAAUAUGACACUGUGCACACAUUAUAAUGGACCAGCUAGUACCAAGGAACAACUUAUGUUAAAAUGCAAGAAACCUGUAGACGGUCGAUUUGUUAAACUAUCAAUAUCUGCAAAAACAGCUAAGAUGGCACUCGCAGAAGUCAAAGUAUUUGCUUUUGUUUAA